AUGGGGAAGGAAUCAGGGGACGAUGAGUUCAUGGCGAGCGAGUCCGACUCAGUUCGCACUUCCACUGGCGGAUCUUCAAAAGCCCCGAGGCUGUUCAUUAAAGAAAUGAUUAUGAGGAACUUCAAAUCUUACGCUGGUGAACAACGCGUUGGUCCUUUCCACAAGAGUUUUUCUGCUGUGGUGGGGCCCAACGGGAGCGGCAAGAGCAAUGUGAUAGAUGCAAUGUUAUUUGUAUUCGGAAAGCGAGCGAAACAGAUGAGACUUAACAAAGUUUCGGAACUUAUCCACAAUUCAACCAAUCAUCAGAAUUUGGACAGCGCUGGUGUUUCUGUUCAUUUUCAGGAGAUUAUUGAUCUGGAUGAUGAGACCUAUGAGGCUGUUCCAGGAAGUGAUUUUGUAAUCACAAGGGUGGCAUUUCGGGAUAACUCAUCUAAGUACUACAUCAAUGAUCGUUCGAGCAAUUUUACUGAAGUUACAAAGAAACUGAAAGGAAAAGGAGUUGACCUGGACAAUAACCGUUUUCUGAUUCUCCAGGGUGAAGUUGAGCAGAUUUCAUUGAUGAAGCCGAAAUCCCAAGGACUCCAUGAUGAAGGUUUCCUUGAAUAUUUAGAGGAUAUAAUUGGGACCAACAAAUAUGUUGAAAAAAUUGACGAGUCAUCUAAAGAGUUGGAAUCCCUUACUGAGAAAAGAUCCGGGGUGGUACACAUGGUUAAGUUAGCUGAGAAGGAAAGAGACAGCUUGGAGGAUGUGAAGAAUGAAGCAGAGGCCUACAUGCUGAAAGAGUUAACAUUACUGAAAUGGCAAGAGAAAGCCACAAAACUGGCCCAUGAAGAUACUAGUGCAAGAAUGACUGAAUUGCAAACAAGUGUUUCUAGUGUGGAAGAAAAUCUAAAGGCUGAAAGAGAGAAGAUUCAAGAAAGUCAUAAAACAAUGAAGCAGCUCGAGAUUGUUCACAACAAGUAUAUUAAAAGACAAGAGGAACUUGACAACAAUCUCAGAAGUUGUAAAGAGGAGUUUAAGGAGUUUGAAAGACAGGAUGUUAAAUACCGGGAGAAUCUGAAGCACAUGAAGCAAAAGAUCAAGAAACUUGAAGAUAAACUUGAAAAAGACUUGUCAAAAAUUGAUGACAUAACAAAAGAAUGUGAGGAAUCGACAAAUUUGAUUCCAAAACUUGAGGACAACAUUCCCAAACUUCAAAAACUCUUGCUUGAGGAGGAAAAAAUACUAGAGGAUGUUGUGGAAAAUUCUAAAGUUGAAACAGAGACGGAUCGCUCAGAACUUGUGAAAGUUCGUGCUGAACUAGAACCAUGGGAAAAGCAACUGAUUGAUCACAAAGGAAAACUUGAAGUUGCAUCUACAGAAAGCAAGCUUUUGAAUGAGAAGCAUGAAGCUGGUCGUGUAGCUUUUGAAGAUGCACACAAUCAGAUGGAUAACAUAUCUGGAAAAAUCGAGAUGAAAACUGCAAGCAUUGCAAAAUUACAGAGUGAUAUAGAAAAGCACAAGCUUGAAGCAUCAGAAGCUCGUAAAGUGGAACAGGAUUGCAUCAAAGAACAAGAAGAGCUUAUUCCUGUAGAACAAGCUGCAAGACAGAAGGUUGCUGAACUUAAGUCAAUUAUUGAUUCAGAAAAGAGUCAGGGAUCAGUAUUGAAAGCAAUUUUGCAUGCCAAGGAAUCUAAUAAAAUUGGAGGAAUAUAUGGGCGAAUGGGAGAUUUAGGUGCCAUUGAUGCAAAAUAUGAUGUUGCCAUAUCAACAGCUUGUCCUGGACUUGAUUAUAUUGUGGUGGAGACAACUGCUGCAGCACAAUCAUGUGUGGAGCUGCUUCGAAGAGAGAACCUUGGGGUUGCAACUUUCAUGAUACUGGAGAAGCAAGUUGACCUUUUACCAAAGAUGAAACAUAAUGCAAGCACUCCAGAGGGUGUUCCACGUCUUUUUGAUCUGGUUAGAGUUCAAGAUGAAAGAAUGAAACUUGCUUUUUAUGCUGCUUUGGGUAGCACUGUUGUAGCAAAGGAUCUUGAUCAGGCAACAAGAAUUGCAUAUGGUGGAAAUUUGGAAUUUCGACGAGUGGUUACUCUUGAUGGUGCACUUUUUGAAAAAUCUGGCACUAUGAGUGGUGGGGGAACUAAGCCACGUGGUGGUAAGAUGGGGACAUCUAUUCGGGCUGCUAGUGUGUCUGGAGAAGCUGUCACAGAUGCAGAGAAGGAGCUCUCUACGAUGGUUGAUAAAUUAUAUGGCAUCCGCCAAAAAAUUGCUGAUGCUGUGAGACAUUACCAAGCCUCAGAAAAAGCAAUUGCACACCUGGAGAUGGAACUGGCUAAAAGCCAGAAAGAGAUUGAUAGUCUGAAUACAGAAAAUAGUUAUCUGGAGAAACAACUUGGUUCUUUGAAAGCUGCAUCAGAGCCAAAGAAGGAUGAGCUUGAUAGACUGAAGAAACUCAAGAGAAUAAUAAUCACAGAGGAAACGGAGAUUGACAGACUUAUUCAAGGGUCUAAGAAGCUCAAGGAAAAGGCUUUGGAGCUUCAGAGCAAAAUAGAAAAUGCUGGGGGUGAAAGGUUGAAAUCACAGAAGACAAAGGUCAACAAGAUUCAGUCUGAUAUAGAUAGAAAUAGCACAGAGAUCAACCGUCGCAAGGUUCAAAUAGAGACAGGUCAGAAAAUGAUUAAGAAGUUGACCAAGGGGAUUGAGGAUUCAAGCAAGGAAAAAGAACGGCUUUUCAAGGAGAGGGAAAAACUGAGAGGUAUUUUCAAAGAAAUUGAAGAAAAGGCAUUUGCAGUUCAAGAGAAUUACAAAAAAACACAGGAGCUUAUCGAUCAGCAUAAAGAAGUGCUGGAUAAAGCCAAAUCUGAGUAUGAACAAGUGAAAAAAGUUGUGGAUGAGAUGCGGGCAUCAGAGGUUGAUGCUGAUUACAGAUUACAAGAUAUGAAGAAGAGCUACAAGGAGUUGGAACUGAAGGGGAAGGGUUACAAAAAGAAGCUUGAUGACUUGCAAAAUGCUCACCUGCGCCAUAUGGAGCAAAUUCAGAAAGAUCAAGUGGACCCUGAAAAGCUUCAAGCAACCCUUGCUGAUAAGACUCUUGCUGAGGCUUGUGACCUCAAAAGGGGCCUUGAAAUGGUAGUGUUGUUGGAAGCUCAAAUGAAAGAUAUGAACCCAAACUUGGAUUCAAUCUCAGAAUAUCGGAGAAAGGUUUCGUCAUAUAAUGAACGGGUUGAGGAGUUGAACAUGGUAACUCAACAACGUGAUGAUAUAAAAAAGCAGUUAGAUGAAUUCAUGGCAGGGUUCAAUGCAAUAUCAUUGAAGUUGAAGGAAAUGUAUCAGAUGAUUACUCUUGGAGGUGAUGCAGAACUUGAGCUAGUGGAUUCUUUGGAUCCAUUUUCUGAAGGUGUUGUGUUUAGUGUCAGACCACCAAAGAAGAGCUGGAAGAACAUUGCAAAUUUAUCUGGUGGUGAAAAGACUCUGAGCUCAUUAGCUCUUGUUUUUGCACUUCAUCAUUACAAGCCUACUCCACUGUAUGUAAUGGACGAAAUUGAUGCUGCUCUGGAUUUCAAGAACGUUUCUAUUGUGGGACAUUAUGUGAAGGACCGGACAAAGGAUGCACAGUUCAUCAUCAUAAGCCUUAGGAACAACAUGUUUGAGUUGGCUGAUCGACUUGUUGGGAUCUAUAAAACUGAUAACUGCACUAAGAGCAUUACUAUCAAUCCAUCGAGCUUUGUUGUGUCUCAAAAUGCUGCUUGA